ACUCACACAGCCUUCGGGCAGUCGAAACAUGGCUUGCAUCGCCGGCAUCUCGGCUGCCAUCAUCAGCACCUAUUAUGCGCUUCAAAAUGGUGCCACCGGGGACCUCGGUGGAAUGGCCAUCUACGCCGUUGCCCUAGCAGCCACCGUUCUUGGCUCGGCGUUUAUCUGGCAUUCCCAAAGAAAAAGUCGGGGUCUACGCCCGAAGCAGCAGCCGCCCGGACCGAGGGGAAUUCCCAUUUUGGGAAACAUGGAUUUCAACAAACAGGGCUUCUUUCGCACCAAGGCCAUGGAUUGGGUCAGGCAGUACGGGCCUUUGUUCAGAUUGAAGAUGCUUGGAGUGAAUGUGGUCGUUCUCAAUGAUUACGAUCUAAUCAGAGACACAUUCUCGAAGGCAGAGGUACUGCACCGCCCGGCAGCUUGGUUACUGAAGGAGACCACAGAAGGUCUCGCUGUUCUUGGCGGCCGGGAAUGGCGGGAGAACAGGCGGUUUGUGACCCAAGCGCUCGUUGACCUCGGCUACGGAAAGCAAACCAUGUGGGACCGAGUACAGGCCGAAGCUCAGCAUCUGGUUGACACAAUUGGCAAAUUCCGCGGUGCCCCCAUCUUGCCGCGCGGCUUCAUGUUCCGGUCUGCGUGCAACAACGUGGUAACGUUCCUGUUGGGUCGACGCCUGGACCUGGACGAUCCACGCCGGAAGGACAUGGACGAUCACCUCGAGGGCUUUCUGCUGGGCAGCGCCGCCGCGUCGAUCGACUGCCGGCCACAAUGGCUGAAGAGGCUCGAGCGCCGGCUUUGCCCCCGCUCGCCCCGCGUGACCGUUGAAAACCUGGCCAAUGAACUUGAGGCCAUGUCCAGGAGAGAAGUGCAGCGAGCGAUGCGUAUGGACAAAUCCCAGCGUAACAAAGCUGUCAUCGACAUCUACAACGAAAAACUAGAGGAACUCGGCGGCGACCGUAGCAUCUUUACAGAGGGCCGGCUGGUGGGCAACACGACCGACUACCUGCUGGGCGCCACGGCCGUGGUGGCGCUGUUCCUGCAAAGCCACGUGCUCAACUUUGCCGCCCACGCAGACAGCCUGCAAGAGCAGGUGCGGCAGGAGAUCGACCGCGUUGUGGGCAGAGAGCGGCUGCCCACGUGGGCGGACCACGUCCACAUGCCGCUCACCAUGGCCACCAUCUGGGAGAUGUACCGGUGGAAAGCAUGCACACCUUUUGGCAUCCCUCGCGGAGUAGCGGAAGACACAGUGAUCGGUGGCUACCACGUUCCCAAGGGUACCGUGUUGCUGCCAAACUUUUGGGCCGUCCACCAGAGCACCGAGCUCUGGAAGGAGCCCGAGAAGUUUGACCCGUCGCGGUUCAUCGGACCUGACGGCAAAGCACCGUCCACUAGGCCUGCACACAUCAUCACCUUUUCGAUAGGUAAAAGAAUCUGCCCUGGAGAAAGCUUGGCCACGGCUGAGGUUUUCCUGUACCUGACCAUGCUGCUUCAGAAGUUCAUAAUCCUUCCCGAAGAGGGCGCCACCGUGCAAAUUGGAUCGUACCAGCCGCUAUCAGAGCACGCUGCUACAAAGAUACGUUUCCUGCCCCGCUCUGAUUAAACUCUACGUAGGAAGGAACUGAGGACGCAGCAACAUUAUAUAUCCGUACGCUGCGUCUGGCUGCAUCUAUACAGUAUCUCAGAAACUUAGCGUGAGCAGAACAUUCAUAUAUUACAUAGGCCACUUGCACCUGCUUGGAGUUUUCUGAAAAGCCACACCAAUGCGUACCCUGAAUAGACUCCGGGAGCAUAAUAACAAUGCAAAAUACGGCUCAUCGGGGUUAUUUUACCGCAAAGGGUGUUUGAUCGUGGUUUGAUCAAACACCCAAAAACCAGGUUUGAUCACACCAGCGUAAUUUGUGGGAGCAUCGAUCAGACGAAUCACGAGAUCACCGUCUUGAAGCGGCUUAGUUAACCUGAUCGUUUGCGCGUAUGGCACUCGGUGAUCUCGCGUUAUCCGCUAGCUUCCCGUGUCUUUGGUUUUUCGCCCUUGAUUCCAAGGGAAAUUUAAAUGGAAGAUACUUUUUUGUAGCGCUCAUUUCUUUCAUGUUUCUUUUUCUCGCACAUCUCUACAUAA